AUGGACAAGGACAGCGAGCCGCCAUUCAACUUUUAGCUGGACUUUGCUAUGCUGGGGCUUUGGAGGACCCCUCCAUCUCCAUAAACAAACUAUAUACUUAAUACUAUCAUCAUCAUCAUCAUCAGCAGAACAACAACAACAACAACAAGAAGAAAACCCAUUCUUCUUCUUGAUCCACUUUUGGUUUCAUCAACAAACAAGGUGGGUUACUCAUGGAUUAUCUCUUUCUCAAAUCCACUAACGAAGUGGUGCAAGAAAUUAUGAGAAUUCACAGAUCUCUACCUCCGAGACCCGGGAUUGAAGAGGUGGAGGCGGCUAAAACUUUGAUCCGUAAUGUUGACAACGAAGAUCAAGCGAGGCUUGAAUCUAUCUCGAAGCAGAAGAAGGGUGUUGAGAUUGCAGAAGAGCUUUUCAUGAUUUUACUGGAGUUGCAAAAGAAUUGGGUGUAUUUUCAGAGUAGAGAGCAAAAAAGAGAUGCAAUAAAAGUACUCGACUUUGAGAAUGCACACCAACUGUUCGACGAAAUGAUUCAGAGAGCAUCUAAUUGUAUUUCUCCUGAAUCUGCUUCGGAUUCUUCUACAUCAUUGGUUUCUUCUAAUCGUUUGUCCUUGACAAAUUCUGCUUCCUUCUCUGCCGGUAGCAUCAAUUCACCGGCUGCAAUAACUAUCUCCAAUUCAGCCUUGUUCUAUGAAAACGCACCUCCCAGAAAGGUUGAAUUAGUAAGCAGAGACGAUACCUAUUUGAAGCCAAGCAAACCCUCAUUUUAUGGUAGUAAAAUCCAGCCUGCCGACGUUCCCCCACCUCAGAUUGUCGACUCUUCUCUAAGAGCAACGAGCUUCUCAGGCCAAGAUGGUGAAAAGUUGAGCUUAAUCAAGUUAGCUAGUUUGAUUGAGGUGUCCUCCAAGAAGGGUAUUCGAGAACUCAACCUUCAGAACAAACUGAUGGACCAAAUCGAGUGGCUGCCUGAUUCGGUUGGAAAACUAUCGAGUUUAAUCACAUUUAAUCUGUCUGAGAAUCGGCUCCUGGUUUUACCUGCCACAAUAGGUGGCCUCUUAUCGCUCAAGAAAUUGGAUCUACAUUCAAACAGGAUCAGCGAGCUUCCAGGAUCAUUUUUUGAUCUCAUUAACCUUAUAUCUCUUGACCUGAGAGGAAACCAGUUAUCGUCACUUCCUCAGACAAUUGGAAGAUUGGUUAACCUUGAGGAGCUAGAUUUAAGCUCCAAUAGAAUCUCUUCCCUUCCCGAAACAAUCGGAGCUCUAACAAAUUUGAAGAUACUAAAUAUCGAGACAAAUAACAUUGAAGAAAUCCCACAUGCCAUUGGCCAGUGUUUGUCGUUAAAGGAGCUUCUCGCGGACUAUAACCGUCUUAAAGCACUUCCGGAAGCAGUUGGGCGAAUCGGGUCUCUCGAGAUUCUUUCGGUUCGUUAUAACAACGUAAGACAACUACCAACCACAAUGUCGUCAUUAUCGAGCCUGAAAGAGCUUAACGUGAGCUUCAACGAGCUCGAGUCUGUACCAGAGAGCUUGUGUUUUGCCACGACACUAGUGAAGAUAAACGUAAGCAAUAACUUUGCUGAUUUACGAUCACUGCCACGAUCAAUCGGGAAUCUCGAGAUGCUGGAAGAUUUGGAUGUGAGUAAUAACCAGAUAAGGUUUCUUCCUGAAUCGUUUAGAAUGUUGUCUCAAUUACGGAGGCUGAAUGUGGAAGGCAAUCCUUUGGAACUUCCACCUAUGGAGAUUGCGGGAAAAGGUGCGCAGGCUGUUGUUCAGUAUAUGGCUGAGCUUGUGGCCAAAAGAGACGAGAAGCCACAGUUGGUUAAGAAGAAGGUGUCGUGGUUUCAGAGAUGUUUCUUCUCUUCGAAGUCCUCUGACAAGAGAAAAUAUAAUGGAGGGGACAUUGUUAAAGCAUGACAAGCGGCUCGCUGAAAUAUGUUCUUGGAUAGUUGGAGAAGAAGGUGAUGUACGACUCUUCAGGUUUGAUCUUGCAUAACACGAUCAUUGUAGAUUUUAUUUUCCAUAUCCUUUUUUGUAUUUAAUUUUUUUUUUUUGUGAAUCAAUGUUGUUGGAUGCUAUGUGCAAUUUGUUUCAGUUGUCCCUUAGAAGUGUAGAAAGAUGUAUGAUUUACUGAUGAUAUACCUCUAUAUGAUAAUAUGAUCAUGAUGUAUUCUUUUUA